GCAAGCAAGGCCGGAGAAAGAUGGCGGCGCCCGUCCUGAGUGUGUCCACCCCUCGAUGGGAAAGAAUAGCCCGGCUCCUGGUCUGCCUGUUGGGCAUCCUGCUGUCCGUUUAUGCUUUUCAUGUGGAAAGGGAAAAGGCGAGGGACCCGAAUUACCAGGCCAUGUGCGACGUGAGCAACUCAAUGAGUUGCUCUAAAGUGUUCUCCUCCAGGUGGGGUCGAGGAUUUGGGCUGCUGGGCUCUAUCUUUGGGCAAGACAGCGCAAUGAACCAGCCAAACAGCGUCUACGGCAUUUUAUUUUAUGUGUUUCAGCUGUUACUAGGAAUGACCGUGAGUGCGAUGGCUGCCCUCAUCCUCAUGACCACGUCCAUUGCGUCAGUGGUGGGGUCGCUGUACCUUGGCUACAUCCUGUACUUCGUCUUGAAGGACUUCUGCAUCAUCUGCGUCACCACGUAUGCACUGAACUUCAUCCUCUUCAUCCUCAACUACAAGCGACUGGUUUACUUGAAUGAAGCUUGGAAGCAGCAGCUCCAAGCAAAGCAAGACUAAAAAAAAGAGGUAAAACAAAAAAAAGAGAAAAUAAAUGUGACCUCUGAACUUUUGACUCGCCAUCAGGAGACCUUGCUUCCAAACAAUGUUUAUUCUGCUGUUAAAAAAAAAAAGCAAAACAACAAAUAUCUCACCAUGUCGGGGAUGGAGAUCAUGCGUACCAUGCAUACAAAGGAAGGAUUUAAAAAAGCAGAAAAUUAUGUCUUUUAUCUAGUAUUUUUGUUUUGUUCCCUAAAAUAAAUAUUCU